UAAAUUGUCAAAAAAUAAAAGUUGAAUCAGAUGACAUUGUAUUGUUUUAGUGAAAAUUUUGGUCGUAAAACUUAUAAUUAAUUUUAAAUGGUUAUUAAAUUGGUUUAUCAGUAUAUUGAAUAACGUUUUGGAACAUUGGACCUAUUAUUUUAAUUUCUACACUUUACUUAUGUGUGUUAUUGUUGCUUUAUUUUAUUCAAUGGGUAACGCUGCACUUAAACAGCACUAUGAAACAGCAUCUAAAACGGGGGUACUACAGAUAUCAGACUACAAAUUAAAGGAAAUUCCAGAUGAUGUUUUUAAUUUGGCAGAACAGUUACGAAACUUGGAUGUGUCUAAAAACAAAAUUACUAAUAUAUCUGACGCUAUAAGCGAAUUGAAACAUUUAAAACAACUAAAUUUGUCAUCUAACAUGAUACAAAUUCUGCCGUCUUCAGUGGAAAAUCUGAAAAAGCUAGAGUUAUUGAAUAUGUCAUUUAAUUCAUUAACAUCUCUUCCACCUGCGAUUUCAAGUUUAAGCAAUUUGAAGCAAAUAUAUUUGAAUAAUAACAAGAUAAAAAAAUUUCCCAUGGAGAUAUUAGGACUCCCUAACCUUGAGGUUGUGGAGCUUUCUCAUAAUAAAUUGACAGAAGUACCAAGUGGCAUGUCAAACUUGUUUGCCGCAGAAUUGAACCUGAGUCAAAAUGAGAUAUCUGUUUUAAGUGAAGAUUUAAGUCAAGCACCUCGGUUAAAAAUACUGAGGUUAGAGGAGAACUGCCUUAGUUUAGAUGCUAUUUUACCAAGCCUGUUAAGGGAUUCAAAAAUUCAUACACUAAAUGUAGAUGGCAAUUUAUUUGAAUCCAAACAAUUAGCAUCAUUGGAAGGUUACAACGAGUAUACAGAAAGAUACACAGCUAUGAAGAAGAAAAUGUUUUGAGAGCUUUAACACAUAAAUUUCAUUGUUACACCAUAUUAUGGAAUGCAACUUUUUUUGCACAUUAUAAUUUUUAAUCAACCUUUUUUUACUGAAGUAACACAUUUUUAAGAAUUUAAGUAUUUUUUUUAUAUCCUGCAGCACAUAAAUUAUUUGUUAUUUAUAAUAUUUGUGUUCACGGUUAACACAUAAUAUAAUAAAUUUGUUCUUAUUAAAAUAUUCGACAUUAAGAAGCAAGAAGUCAGAUAUGUAGUUAAGUUGCAUAUAAUCCGAACAAGAGACUGUUAUUUACAGUUUCUCCAUCAUGUAACUGAACUUUUAAAUUAUUUUUAUAUAAAAAAAUUGACACGUUUAAAUAAAAUUACUGAUUAUUUAUAA